AUUUUUUGAAAGAGCAGUCGCGGCUAUUUCGAUCCAUACCGAUAUUUAUGGUUUGAUUUGCUGUCGAUUCAAAAUCAAGAUGAACGGCACGUUGGUUACAGACAAUCAGCAAAACGGCACCAGCGUCUUCAAUAUGUUCCAUGAUGACCGAGACACAUUCAUCAUCUGUGCCUUUGUCAUCGGUGGUGUCACGACGCUGAUUAUUCUGGUCAUCGUCAUCAAGCACGUCUACCAAGUCGGCCUGCAACGAAUUCAGCAGCUGUCUCGAUACCUUCGGCGCAUUUCUCUCGACAGACGAGACUUUCGAAAAUCAAAAUCUGACAAGAGCGCAGGAAAGGCGGUUGAGAGUGUUCACGACUUGGAGUACGGAGACAUUACCGUCAGCAACAGCGACGAGCCGGGCUUGGCUCCCAGCGUGUCUCGAUUUCCGAGCUUCUACCCGCCUCCGACUCCGUCAACCCCUGCAUCGCCGUUUGAUUUUCAAACAGACAGGCAUGGAAAACGGGUAUACCCAGCGAGGGAGGCGCCAAUUCCCGAACGGCCAUAUAGCCGCCUAUCCAGCUACACCAAGGAUGAGCUCACAGAUUUACCGUCUGAGGCUAUUGCACGGACAAGAAGCAUGGAGCGCAUACGACAACCAAAAGUUAUCGUGGCUGCGGAAAUCAAGUUUGGUGGUGGCCAACCAGUGCCACAAAGCUGA